GAAGGCGGAAAACAGAAUAGCCCGUUUUGCAUGGCGGAUACCACAACAUGAUUGUAAGUUGAGUGUUGGAUUUUACGGAAUGUUUUGGUAUGCAACAUGCAGCAGCCUCCACCACGAAAGGUAAAAGCACCCGCUGCUUUAAAGAAUAUUCACACAGAGCAAGUGUCAAAACUACAAAGCAAAAACCAGCAAGAAAUCGAUCUCCUGGAAGAUAUAAGAGUUUUUUCAAGGCAACGAUCUCUACUUGAAAAAGACUAUGCGCAGGGUUUGUUGAAAUUAACAAGUCAGCUAUUGAAGCAUGAGUUCCCUGCUCAACCAGAAUUAAUCUCUGAAGAUGAGGUAGAACAAACCCUUGCUGAUGGACGGACGGCCAUUGCUGUGUGGCGGCAGAUCCUGGAGGAGACGGAGAAGAUGGCGAGAGCUCGGCUCGCGGCGGGAGAGAUCUACAUGGACAAAAUAGCAGAGUCGGUUAAACCACUGAAAGCUAAUAAAAUACAAUCCAUGAAAAAGUUAAUCCCUCAAAUAACGACAAUUCAGGCAGAAGUGGCUCAGGCUGUGAUGGAAAUGACUAAAACUCACAAGGCUUACUGUGUGGAGGAAACUGUCGCAUUUGAAGCUAGACAAAAGCUUUCUGAGGCCGAGGAAAAGUUAAAGCGCAAGUCUACAGGCCUGUUCCAAUCAAAAACAAGCUUACAGAAAAAUUGUUCUAAGCUAAAAAGUCGGAAGGAUCACAUCGAGGUUCGUGCGACCGCCUCAAGAAACGAAUAUCUCCUCAGUUUGGCAGCAGCUAAUGCACAUCACAUUCGAUACUACAGCACCGACCUGCCAGAUCUCAUAAAAGUAUUAGAUGGAGAAACUGACAGUAAGAUCAAGGAGUAUUUCUGCUUGCUGGGGAGGACAGCUGUCGAUAUAAGUAGUGCAGAAGUUAGUAGCUUUGAGAAAAUAGUGCAGGAGGCACAAAAGAUCAGCAGGGAAUAUAGUCUGCAGUGUUUUCUGUCCAGUAAUCGUGUGUUUACUGACUUGGUGCAAUACCAGAUGGAUCCUUGUCAUAAUGACCCGUGCAAUACUGUGUCUGCUGAUAAUAAUGCUGGACCUAACUUAGAAAAGGAGGCUAAAAAGUGGGCAUCGAAGGUUGUCAAGGAAACCAAAGCAAUCCGAGACUACAGCAGAACAUUAAAAUCACUUCAGGGAUUGGACCAGGUAUCAGACUCUGGUACCGACGACCGUGCCCCAGCUACCCAGACUCAGGAUCCAGAAGUCAGUGUGGAGGAACUCAGACAGCAUAUCAGGAAGGCGGAGACAGCCAAGUUUAAAGCUGAGGCCAGACUGGAGGCGCUGCGUGCAGCAGGCAUUAAUGUUGAAGAAUACAUAAACAAUGCACAGGAGACUCUUGGAACAGACGACUUCGAUAUUCCACGCACAUCAAGUGAACUGUCAUUCCAAGCAGAGUCUUCUGGAGUGCAAAGCAGUAAGCCCACGUAUACCAACUACGAUGACGAUGAUGACUUCGAUGACGCGUUUGAAACAGCAGCAGACUACAGUGAGAACAAGGCUUCAGAUCGCAUUUUCCCCAUCAAGUGUCAAGCACUGUAUGAUUUCCAGGCCAGUAACUUUGAUGAGUUAACGAUCGUAGCCAAUGAGGAGUUGGAGCUUGUGGGUGAAAGUGAUGGACCAGGCUGGAUCAGGGCACGGAAUUCAUCGGGGAAAAUGGGAAACAUUCCAGAAUCUUACGUAAAUUACUCGAACAACGUUUCAACACCUGUUGUGAAUGGACCUGUAUCAGUGGUCGUAUCCCAGACAACCCCGCCUGCCACACCCACCACCCCUCCACUGCCACCCCAGUCACAGACCUCUGAGCCGAUGUCACCAUCGUCGGUGACGGAGAACCAGCCCGACAAGUCAUCGUCGUACUCGUCGUGUGACCUCGAGGUGCAGGAGGCAACCAAAGGCAUGAUACCAACACCAACAACUGAAGCUGAGUGGGUUCAAGCGCUCUACGAUUAUGCCGCUCAGUCCGAUGAAGAACUUUCUUUUCCGGAAGGGGCUCUCAUCAAAAUAGUGAGCAAAAGUGUCAGUGAUGUCGAUGAUGGCUUCUGGAAGGGUGAACUGAAUGAGAAAAUUGGUGUAUUCCCAUCGAUUUUGGUAGCAGAGAUUACUACUAAUGAGGACUGUAUACCUCCCCCGCCAGUGAUGGUCACGCUCCCCUCGCCUGAUGAGGAGCUGCCCCCUCCUCCAGUCAUAGACUGGGAUGAGAACUCAGAUGAUAUAGCCAAGCAACCUGUGGACCUGGGUUCAGCUGAGCAGCUUUUUAAAAAGGUUCGAUUCAGCAAUAACCACAUGACCCCAACGGAUGUAUUAGAGCCUAAGUAUAUCAUUAACAACCAAUUGGAGGACUCACAAGAUGAAGGGGAGGAGUCUUUAGUUUAAUAUUUAAAUAUUGUAAUAUGACCUGUGGCCAGUUCAGAGAGUAGUAGUUUAAAUGAGGAAUUUCUGCUAGGAUAGGUAGAUCCAGCAAUAGUUGUGUUGUGAAAACAUUAUAUAGCAAGCUGUUGUUCAGGUGUUAACAAUAGAUCUGAAAAUAUAAUGGGAUUAAAAUCUCAUGUAAUGAAAACAUUAUAUAGCAAGCUGUUGUUCAGGUAUUAACAAUAGAUCUGAAAAUUUAAUGGGAUUAAAAUCUCAUGUAAUGAAAACUGACGGUGUUUGCCUGAUGUAUAUGGGUUUGUUGUAGAAUCACACCUGAUGGCAACCCAAUGCUUGAGCUGUGAAUCUUAAUGUUAAUGGGUUUAGACAGCACAACUGCACUACUUAAUCUACCAGCAUAAUUAUAUAUCUCAUCAUUUUAAACUGCACUACAUAGUCUAUCAACAUAAUUAUAUAUCUCAUCAUUUUAAACUGCACUACAUAAUCUACCAACAUAAUUAUAUAUCUCAUUUUAAACUGCACUACAUAAUCUACCAACAUAAUUAUAUAUAUCAGCAAUUCAAACUGCACUACAUGAUCUACCAACAUAAUUAUUUAUGUCAUCAUGUUUUGUUUAGGAUGUAUAUGGGGUUGUUGUAGAAUCGCUUUGAAACACACUGAUCUGAUGUACCGGGUACUGACAUACAGACAUACUGUGUUUUAACCAGAGAGGUGCUCAACAGGUUUCUCUUGCUGUACAUGUCGCUAUUGGAAACGUGCAAUACUUUGAAUGUGAUGAAUAUUUAUCAACACCAGUAGAAUUAAUUUUACUCGAGUGUCAUUAACGUACAUCUAGCUGUAGGUAUCGGCUAUAUUUCCUGCAAUGUUGCCUGUCGGGCAUCUUUGCAUAAGGGGUUUGUUUUUUCUUCUUCUUAACAGAGGUUACAGGUGAAGCUGUUUGGUGAUGGUUUUACACCACUUUUUAAGUAGAACUUUGUGGUAAAGGAUUGUAAAUAAACAACUGAAGCAUAUGUCAUUGUCAGAUUCACCAUAAUAGUAAUGUAGAUGCAGCUAGUAAUCUUAAUGAUCAUUUGUAUUGGCAGAUUAAUAUCACUUCUAAAGUUGGGUAUCUUUAUAUAUAUAUAUAUAUAUAAUAUUAUACAAAAAUGUGUGUUGAGUUUGUGUAUAUAUAUUUGUUUUAUUUCCAUUAAGAUUUACAUUUAAUUCUUUUGUUUUUAAUAAGAACUUUAUUAUGGUAGUAUGCAUGGUCAUAAUAAUAAUAUUUACAUCAGGUGAAAAAAGAAGCAUAGGUUUUUCUAGUAUUUGUUUAAAAUGUAAUUUUCGAUUAUUUUAGACUUUGUAAUAGAAAACUUUAAAUAGUUUGUAUUAUUCAUUACUGGACCAUUUUCCAGAAAUGUGUUAGUAUGGUGUUUUCACUACGAACAUAGCAAUAAUAUGGUAUUUCUGAAUAAAAUUGUGUUCACAUUUGAAUAGUAACCAGUUGUGGGGAGGAGUGUAGUCACAAUUCCACAUAUUUUCCCAUGGAUCCUAUAUUUAAAGAUAUUCUACUACAUUUGUUACAACUUUUAUUUUGUGAUGCGUUUGCAGAUUUUUAGGUCACCUGGGCCAUUUUUGUCCCAUUACCAUGCAUUUGUCAACCUUCAUGUGUAAACUUUUCACAUUUUUUACUUCUCCAAAACCUAUUGACAAAUUCAAACCUACUUUUGAAAGAAGCUUCCUUGGCAUAUUUACAAGCAAUUUGGUAAAUCAGAUUCCGCAAGAGGUCUUAAGGACAGGGCCAAACGGGGGUGAGGGAACUCAGCCACUUACAAAUACUUAAAUCAAGUCUUGGCACGUAGAAAAAUAAAUAUGUUAUAUCUAUAUGUUAUUCUAACAUAAUUGGUUAAAGUUUAGCUAAAAUUUCUCUAAUUGCCACUAACUCUCGAAUUCUUUAAUGUAUGGCUUUCAUGUUUAGUACAGGACAUGGUUAUGGUCACUUAGAAUUUAUUAACAUUUCUAGAAUUUCUGUUAACUCUGAAUCCUUUCAUGGAUGGUUUUCAUAGUUAGUAUAAGUUUUCAUUUCACCUGCACAGGCCUACUAAUACCAAAACAAGUUUAAAAACAAAGUUAAUUAAGUAUUUUGCUAGAUUGUUACAUGUAUGUUCUUUUCCCUAUCUAACAAAACAGUCUAUUGUAUACUGUUAGUAAUAUGCAAACUUCAAUUUGUUUCAAAUAACCAUAUAAUACAAAUUUGAUUUCUUUUGUUUUGAUGAAAAAGUGCUAUUGUUUAGAGAUAAACAAUAUUUUAAAAUACUACUCAAUAAACCAUAAUAUGUACUCUGUCAUAAUAAUAAACCACACUUAACUUUUGAAACCCUAUGCAUUUUAAUCAAGAACAACUUGGUAUCUAUAGUAAAAACUCUCUUAAUGUGAUUUUGGAUGUCAGUACUGAAAUUAUUAUUUUUUUAAAGUUGAAAUAUUUAUAUCCAUGGCAUGUGCAUAAUUUUAGUUGCACCCCCUUCUAAAUAGAAUCCUGAAUCCACCCAUGCCAGGCAUUAUCAUACUGAUAAUGGGGGGGGGGGGGGGUGUCGUUGAUUGCCUUUGCAAACCUUUGUGCACCCAUCUAACUGAUAGUGUGAAGAUCACUGUUUAUGGGGACCAUGUCUAAUGCUAUAAUUGUCUAAUAAACAUUUCAAGUUGUCCAUCUGUGUUGUUUCCAGAUGAUAGUUUAUUACCAAAUGACAUACUUAUAGCAGAAUACAGAAUAACAAAAUUGUUGCCAAAAUAUUAUUACAUGAAGAAGAACAAAGUUAAUGGAAUAUAUUUAGCAAACAUUGCGUUCGUGUAUUAAAUGAGCUGUUUGUAAGAUGGUCAGUUUGUUUGCUCAAAUUUGAGGUUAUAAAUAAUUGGUUUAUAGCAAUAUAAUUUGCAACAACAUUGUUAUUUUUAAAGCAAUAAAUGUAUAUAUGUCGGCUUAAAUAUGAUUGCUAUAUUGCACUGCUGCCCAGUUAUCAACUCUGGUCCUAGACGUUGUAUUUGGUGAAUGUACUAGUUGGAGAAAAAUGAAAACAAGAUGAAUAAGUUGAUGAAAAUAGAUGACUUUCUUUUCUUUUAGCAUUCAAUAAUGAACAUAUGAGAUUAUAAAAUAAUAUACUUAUUCUAUAAUGACAUGUAUUUAAGUAACCAUGUAAGUGGAUUACUAUUUAUGGUACUAAGUUUGCUAAUGAAUUACAUGAGUUUUUAUUUAAAAGUGACAAACUGCCAAAUAAUAUAAAAUGAACAGUCAGUUCAUAUUAAAAUUCCUUAUUAAUUUGUGGUUUUGAUAUUUCAUAAUAACAGCAAUAUUAUUUGGAACAGUAUUUUAAUGUUACAUCAAUCUCAGGAAAAGUUUGUUUUGUUUUCAACUUCUACUUCUAUAUAUUGUUCAUUAAGUUUGUGGGAUUAUAAAUUUAAAGAAAUAAAAUAUGUACUUAAAUUUAUAAAAUAAAUGUAAUUAUAUACAUAUACAUUUUUGCAUGAUCAAUCAUGCCCUACCCCACCAAAA